GGACCAGUUAUUGUGCGGCCCUGUGCUCCAGCUGAUUGUAGAAUAGUAGACGUGUCCAUUGAAGCAGGCGGUUUUUACCUGUUUACCGCAGAUUUUAACGGGUUUAGCGGGUUUUAGCGGGGGUUUAGCGGGACUCCGGGUUCAGGAGCGAUGGCUACAGUGGAGGAGCUGAAGCUGCGCGUCCGCGAGCUGGAAAACGAGCUGAUUAAAUGUAAACAGAGGAGAAGCAGCGAGGAGCAAAACCAGCCGAGAGGGAGGAUAGAGAGAAUGAGCGCUGAGGUGGUGGAUUCAAACCCAUAUAGUCGACUGAUGGCCCUGAAGAGAAUGGGGAUUGUGGAAGACUAUGAGAAAAUCCGCUCGUUUACUGUUGCUGUGGUAGGAGUGGGAGGAGUGGGCAGCGUAACUGCAGAAAUGCUCACAAGGUGUGGCAUUGGUAAGUUGCUGCUGUUUGACUAUGAUAAAGUGGAGCUGGCCAACAUGAACCGCCUCUUCUUCCAGCCACAUCAAGCAGGGCUCAGCAAAGUGGAGGCAGCAGAACACACACUGAGAAACAUCAACCCUGACGUUGUUUUUGAGACUCAUAAUUACAACAUCACCACCAUGGACAACUUCACACACUUCAUGGAGCGCGUCAGUAAUGGUGGUCUUGAGGAGGGGAAACCUGUGGACUUGGUGUUGAGUUGUGUGGAUAAUUUCGAGGCUCGAAUGGCUAUUAACACAGCGUGUAAUGAGCUGGGUCAGAUCUGGAUGGAGUCUGGGGUCAGUGAGAACGCUGUAUCUGGACACAUUCAGCUCAUCAUUCCAGGAGAAACUGCCUGUUUUGCUUGCGCCCCUCCGCUGGUCGUAGCAGCUAAUAUCGAUGAGAAGACCCUGAAGAAGGAUGGAGUGUGUGCUGCCAGUCUUCCCACCACCAUGGGUGUUGUUGCCGGGAUCCUCGUGCAAAACGUCUUAAAGCAUUUGCUCGGGUUUGGAACGGUCAGUUUCUACUUGGGCUACAACGCCAUGCUGGACUUCUUCCCGACCAUGACCAUGAAGGCCAACCCCCAGUGUGAUGAUAAGCACUGCAGGAGACAACAGGAGGAGUUCAAGAAAAAAGAAGCAGAGCACCCAAAACAGGAAGUAGUGCAGGAGGAAGAGGAAAUAGUGCACGAAGAGAAUGAGUGGGGAAUUGAACUGGUGUCUGAGGUGACGGAGGCGGAGCUUCAAGCUGCAUCUGGACCAAAACCAGAUUUACCAGAGGGAAUAACUGUAGCGUACACCAUACCUGAGAAGGAUGAAGGUGCGUCUUCAGGACAGACGGUGGAGGAGACGGAUCAGAGUCUGGAGGAGCUGAUGGCUCAGAUGAGAAAGAUGUAGAAGAAGAGAAAUCCCCCCCCACCCCCCCCCCCCCUCACCUGAGUUACAGGUGUGACAUGAAAACUGACACCUGCACACGGAGAACAUGCUGUUUACAACUGAUUACCACCAACAGAAAACAAAAUAAGAACUCAUUUAUCCUUUCUUUAAAAAAACAAACAAAGCUUUACUGUUUUAACUAACAAUCAUUAUUAACAUCAUGGUAACGUCAGGUUUGAAUGAACUGUGUCUGAGUAGAGCCUGUAUUUAGUGUUCUUAUUGCGGGAACACUGUAAAUAUAAAAUGAAAAGUGUGAUUAAUAAUGAGAGACUGCAUUAUUUUCCCUUGUUUAAUCCGACUACUGUAUAACAGUCACUGUAAUCAUCAUAAAGCAGAGGAAAUACUGUCCAGCAGUUGUAUGAAUUAUUAUUAUAAUUUUACACCGCUUAUAAACUGCAUCUCAGUUAUGUCUGCAACUCAACUUCAUUUGCUGAAAGAUCUUUAAACAAUUAGCUGCUUUUGAUCAAUAAAUUAUUUAUUGGCAUUCAAGUUAA